AAGAAACCCAUGCUGGUUUUUGCUCGUCUGAAAAAUGAGGACUCAGUGGAAAUUGAAGUUAGGCUUGGGCCAGAGGUUUCAGCCGAGAGUGACUUCGGCCACAAGAUGGCACUGACCUGCAAACAAAGGAGGAACCACGGUGGCGCUGACUUUUUAAAAGCACUGUGAAAUCGCGUCGCCUUCCCGGAGUCAAAGGCUCUGCGGGGAUGAAGGCUCGCUUUCCUCCGCACGGGUUUGAGCAGGAGAAAUCGCGGCUGAUCUUUGCCGCUCUCCCUGCCCGCCCCAGGACAGCUUUCCCGCUUUCACAAACGGCCGAAACAGACGAAUUCAGGGGACGCUUCUUUUUGGAAUGGUUAAUGAUGGACCGCGCUGGAUUGGGUGGACUCCAGGAGAACGUGGUUUAUCACGGUGUCCAGCUGAUCCCCAGUGGAAGUAAACCUACACAAUUUUCUUUAUUGUCCUCACAUAAGAAAGAAAUAUAAUUCAGUUUCUUAAUACAGCCACAAUAAUCUCUAAAUUAACGUUGCUCCGUUCAUGGGAAUGAAGAACUUAGAGUAAUUUUGGCAAAUGGAUCCCAGCAAGGAGAAGAGGAAUAGGCCAAACAGUUAAAAUGCUUUGAAGAAGCCUAUUGUGCAUCUGUCUAAUCUGUAGCAACAAAACCAAUCAAAAUGAAUUCAACAUUAUUUUCCCAGGUUGAAAAUCAUUCAAUUCACUAUAAUUUGUCAGAGAAGAAUGCCCCAUUUUUUGCGUUUGAAAAUGAUGAUUGUCAUCUGCCCUUGGCUGUGAUAUUUACCUUAGCUCUUGCCUAUGGAGCUGUGAUCAUUCUUGGCAUCUCUGGAAACCUGGCUUUGAUCUUAAUCAUCUUGAAACAAAAGGAGAUGAGAAAUGUCACCAACAUCCUGAUCGUGAACCUUUCCUUCUCAGACUUGCUCGUUGCCAUCAUGUGUCUCCCUUUCACUUUUGUCUACACGCUAAUGGACCACUGGGUCUUUGGUGAGACGAUGUGUAAACUGAACCCUUUUGUGCAGUGCGUUUCAAUCACCGUGUCCAUUUUCUCUCUGGUCCUCAUCGCUGUGGAACGACACCAGCUGAUAGUCAACCCCCGAGGAUGGAGACCAAACAACAGACAUGCUUACAUAGGAAUUGCUGUCAUCUGGGUCCUUGCUGUGGCUUCUUCUCUGCCCUUCCUGAUCUACCAAGUGCUGACUGAUGAGCCAUUUCAGAAUGUAACACUGGAUGCGUUCAAAGACAAGUUGGUAUGCUUUGAUAAAUUUCCGUCGGACUCUCACAGGCUGUCUUACACUACUCUUCUCUUGGUGCUGCAGUACUUUGGUCCCCUCUGCUUUAUAUUUAUAUGCUACUUUAAGAUAUACAUUCGCUUGAAAAGGAGAAACAACAUGAUGGACAAGAUGAGAGACAAUAAGUACAGGUCCAGUGAAAGCAAAAGAAUCAACGUCAUGCUGCUGUCCAUCGUGGUAGCGUUUGCGGUCUGCUGGUUGCCUCUUACCAUCUUUAACACUGUGUUUGAUUGGAAUCACCAGAUCAUUGCCACGUGCAACCACAACCUGUUAUUCCUGCUGUGCCACCUCACAGCAAUGAUAUCCACUUGUGUCAACCCCAUAUUUUAUGGAUUCCUGAACAAAAACUUUCAGAGAGACCUGCAGUUCUUCUUUAACUUUUGUGAUUUCCGGUCUCGGGAUGAUGACUAUGAGACAAUAGCCAUGUCCACCAUGCACACGGAUGUGUCAAAGACUUCUUUGAAGCAAGCAAGCCCAGUUGCAUUUAAAAAAAUCAACAGUGAUGAUAAUGAAAAAGUCUGAAAGUGCCUGGAGCAUAUGGUCUCACUGACAUCUAUUUGAAAGCAAGGACAGCGUGCCGCAUACUUGCAUUACCUGUUCUCCCAAGGAAUGUGGCUGAAAUCAUUUGAGAAAGAUCAAGAGUUUCUUAUCUUGCCUUUUACUGCUUUUGUCAUGGUUGUCAUUAUUACAUUUGGAACAGAAUGUGUGGGCUUUGGACUCUCCUGGCAAUGGUUAUAACCAGAUUUCUUUGAAGUGCUUUUCAUGAAAUUAUGCACAUAAUAUAUAGAUUUGGAGACUGUAUUUAUUGGAAAGAAAUUUCUUGGAAGUAUUACUAUAAACUGACUUCAGAAGCACUAGCCUUCUUAAACUUGCCUUAUAUUGGGACAUCUUGAUUAGAGUGUCACUGCAUUUGGUCACCCUCAUGAAUGAGAGAUAUCAUUUUAGUCUGUUACAGAGGUGACAGCAUGCAAAAGCUAUAGUAAGAAUGUGGAACCCAAAGAGAAUCAAGUUAUUCUGGAAUGAUUGUCCUUUUUUUCUAAUGUUAAGAGAGGACUUAAUUUUCUUCUUCUGAUUCUCAUGUAAGAUGAAAAUGUAUCAAAAUGCUUCUUAGCUGUGAAUAACAUGGGGAAUUAGACCACCCACAAGUAAGUGGGAAAUCAGUUCCCUGAUUUCCAAACUAUUUUGGUACCUGACAACCAAAGCAUUUCAGAGUAAUUAGUUUAAUAAAUAAAUUAGCAUUGCUGCAAGUAAAGUAUAUUUAUCUGAAUUGAUAGUCAAGAAGUUUCCUAUCCUUUACAGACUGUUCAGUGUUUGUCAAACUUUCUGACACCAUCAUGUAACUCAAAAGGCAUUUUCAGCUUUGCAACAUGUAGAAAUGCAAAUGGUAUUUUCUAUACAGCAGUACCUACAUGCAAAUUAUUGUUAACCUUCACCAACCAUCUUUCAAAGGAAAGAAUACAAAGGGACAAUGUUUUAAAAAAAAUGUUCACUCCAGCUAGCAGGAAUAGAUACCUGAAAACUUCCUGUAGCUUAUGUUACUUUGCAUAAACUGUGUGACUUGUGGAAUCUUAUAAACCAUGUACUAUAUAGAGUAAUGAGUAGUUGUGUGCAAAACCUUAAUUUCAUGUAUCUCGUAAUCAUGAUUGAGCCUCAUAAUGUUUUCAAGAAAAGACAUUUUGAAGAACAAGAUAUAUCUUCAAUGUAUUAUACAAAGUAUUAAAUGUGUUUGAUUUCUGAAGGGCAAGCACUUUCUUCAUUAAAAUUGUUUUUGCUUUUUCUGAAGAGUCGCUAA